AAUUGCACAGAAGGGGUGCUAAUGUAACAAUCCUGGAUGCCAACGCACUACAAAUACCUAAAGAAGAAGAAGAAGAACUCACAUGGUAGCUAACUGUUAAGGGAGAACGAUUACGUUUGGAACAAAGUUUCUGGAGUACACUCAUACUGGGGAAUCUAGAGCAACUCUGUAGAAAAUGUCAUCUGCUAAAGUGAAGAUGCGGGAGAAGAAGAUGAGAAACCAGCCUGCUAGUGUGCAGUAUCCAGCUUCUCCCCUAAGUAUGGAGAGCAGUGCACAGAACGGACAAGACGCCGCGGUUACUGGUGGAGGUGGUGGUCCAUCAUACAUGCCUCCUAAAGAAGGGUCAAAGCCCCCUCAGCAACAGAGAGGAUGGGUCCGUGGACAUAAGAAAGGUGGUGGAGGCUACGCUAAGGAAAUGCCCAAGUACAUUUCUGCUGGUGCUUUUGCUAGGGCUAGGGCAGCAGAGGUGAGCGCCAUGCUAAAAGCUAUCACCAAGACCACGAGUAGCUGCCACGUUUUCGGAGCCCUGCCCAAACACAUGAGGAGACGGGCCAUGAGCCACAACACCAAGCGGCUCCCUCGCCGACUGAGAGACGCGGCAUACAGAAUGCGGGAGAAGAGUCUCCAGGCCAAGAAGAAGGAACAGGCAAAGAGCAAGAGCCGCAAGGCGCGUCGGCGGCAUGGAAACCUACUGCUGGAGUUUAACCGACGCCAGAGAAAGAAUGUGUGGCUGGAGACACACAUUUGGCAUGCCAAGCGCUUCCACAUGGUUAAAAAGUGGGGCUACUGCCUUGGGGAUAGGCCCACAUACAAAUGUUACCGUUCCUGCUACAGAGCCAUGAGCACCCAUUGCUUGCUACAGGACCUUUCAUACUACUGCUGCAUAGAGCUCCAGGGAGAAGAAGACAAGCUGCUGGCCUCUUUAUCACAACUGACCAGCAAAGAGACUGGUCCUACAUUUGCUGCAGCACUGUGUGUAUCAGGGCGACGACAGGGCAGUGUGGUGGUCUACAGAGCAGGACAUUAUCCCUCACAGCCCCUGGGCCCUGUCACCUUUCUUUGGAGAGUCCGUACACAGGGCUCAACACACAGACAGCUAUGGAUCUGGGCUCAUCCCACUAUUAAACAGGAUCUUGUUUCCGAGUUACAAACUGUGUGCCAGUGUUGUGAGGCUGUGGUGACCCCUGCUCCGACCUCAGAACAAGAACUUGUGCCUGAAAAGACCCAUGAAGCCAUGCAGAUCUCCCGGACCAAGAGAAAGCGGAGGUCCAAGGAUGACCAAGGACCUCCUGCUAAGAAGAUCCUGGGAGAUGGGACCAGAUCUCCCACCACCCCUGUCUCCUGGAAGUCCAGUUCAACUGGAAUAGUUAUAAACGAUCUUACAAUGGAGGUUGUAUGCUAUCGCCUGAUUGGACCACAGUCCCAUUCUGUUCUGGCUGAAACUUUGGAAGCUGCUACAGACUGUGAUGAAAUUAAUAAAACACAGCCAUCCUGCUUUUGGUGGCCUGAGCACUGCAAAGACGAGGGCAAGAUGAGUUUGCAUCAACAACAAGCUGAUGUCUUUCGCACACUGAAAGGCAUCUAUUCGACUGGAGAGCUCCCCUCGGGCACUGUGCUGGGUCUGACUGUAGAUGACCCCAGACUGACUUUACCAACAAAGAAGGUUAAAGCUUUGCCCUGUGUAAAGCGGGCACAAGAGGUGGAUGAGGAGAAGAGGAGGGAGCUGAUGCUGCGAGGAGUACCAGAACGUUACUGUCAGAGCUUCCUGUGGGAGCGGUCUGUACGAGACAACGUCACUGAGAACAAGAUAUCAGAGCAGGAGUUGAACCGUAUGAGGAGCGAAGUGCUGGUGCCCGGCUCCAGGCUGAGCCCCACUCCCCUGCAGGGCCGAGUCCCCAUCUUGUUGGUUCACCACCCUGGAAAGCAGGUGGGACAUGAGAUGAGCUCAUGGGGUGCUGGAUGGGACCUGCUGCUUCCUAAAGGCUGGGGCAUGGCCUUCUGGGUCCCACUGGUGUACAGAGGAGUUCGCAUUGGUGGGCUGAACAUGAGCCUGAAACAUUCUCAGAACAAAGGAACUCCCCACUUCCCUGAUGAUUACCCAGACUGCCCCGCAGGUGUUCGCUUUCAGGCGGAGCAGGAGGCUGAGCUCCUGGACAAAUUCAGAAGGCGUCCGCCCGCCAAAAGGACCAAUUACGUUAAACUCGGCUGUCUGGCUCCAUUCCGUUGCCCAUGGCAACAGCUGGCUGAGGAGUGGGAGCUCAUCAUGAAGGAAAGAGAGGAGAGGAAAGGUGGCAGCCAGACCCAAACCACAACAGCUGCUGACACAGUUACGGAGGAGAUGACAUUAUAUCCAGAUAUCACAGUAACAAAACCUCAAAGCCACUUCAAUGUACUGAGGAACAGAAAGUCUCUCAAGCUGCUCUCUGGUUGGUGCAGACCCACCACAUCUAAAGGUCAGAGGCCGUGUCGUGUCAGGGGUGUGACGACUCUCGAUUCUGCAGCUGUGACGUCUUUCCUUACAGAGCAUAGGAUGAGUCUGGUGUGGGUGCGGAUGUUGCUGCUGUCGAAGGGCAAACCAGAGCUCCAUGCCAUGGUGUGUGUGCCAGUCACAGAGGACAUCAAGCAGCUGAGCAAAGACACUGACAGCUGCGGCCCCCAGGAGCUACCACACAGAAACCACUUUAAAAGCAAACUCAAACACAGCAAGAAGGGCUCCAAGAAAGCUGCUGCAUCCUCUUUGUUCUCUGAUAAGAGUGAGCGUAAAGGGGUAGGCAAUCCAUCUGCCUCUGAACCACAGCUCACCACUUCUCCUGCAGACCGCAAAUCAUUCCAUCAGUCUUCAGAGGAUCCCAUCUUCGGGCUGUGGCCAGAUCCUCUGCCGAGUGUCACCUCUCACUGCUCCCGAGUGACUCUGGGUUGGGUUACACAGGGUGACUUCUCCCUGUCUGCUGGCUGUGGGGAGGCUCUUGGGUUUGUCAGUGUUGCUGGUCUCCUCAACAUGCUCCUCAGCCAGCCAAUGGAGCACAGAGGAAUAGUGCUGUUGCGCAACCCCACCUCCUUGUAUUAUCGCUUUGCCAAAAUCAACAUAGAUGUCUGACUGAAACACCUGUGCCUAUUUCCAAAAAAUACUGAAUUCUACAUGAAUGGAGAAAGAUAAAACCCGCCUUCAGUGGUGAGGCCUAUGGCUAGACGCUUAAUUAACGUAGUGAUCCUCGUGCCUUGAUAAUCACUUCUUUGCAUUGUGCCAGUGUUUACCUACAGUGUUGGCUAAAGAUAAGACUAAAGAAGUGCACGUGGCAUGAAUCUAAGCUACCUGGUGUCAGUGCUGGAAAGAAAGGAACAUCCUCAUUGUUUCAGUUGAAUAAGACUGUUUUUGCAUAUUUCUUUUCUUUAUCAGGAGCGCUUCAGACUGGGGUCAGUAAAAUACUGCAACUGAAUGAAAGGUUUUCAAAAGGAAGUAAUUUCUGGCUUAUUUUACAUCACUUAUCACAUCCAACGUAAUGAUACCAAGUGUUUUGCUGGUAUAGAAUUUGAAAGAAGUAAGAUUGAGUUAGAACUUUAGAAAUGUAUCAGCUUCUGUUUAAAAGUGCCACAUCCAAAAGGUUUUGUUUGAACAUAAGCUAAUAAAACACCUGUACUGCAACUAACAGAAUGUAAUGUGGGUAACUGUCACCUUCACAUGUUUAAAGCUGUAUGAGUGUUACAGCACACUUAACUGUACCUAUACCCAUGCUUAAAUACAU